UUUUAUUUAAAUGAGAUGCACAAGUUUGGCGAUGUGGUUCUAGGUGGACUCUUUGAGGUCCAUUACACGUCUGUCUUCCCCAAACUGACUUUUAUAUCAGAGCCACAACAGCCCAUCUGCAAAGGCUUUGACACUUUAGGGUUCAGGCAUGCAAUGACCAUGGCUUUUGCUGUCGAUGAGAUCAACAAGAAUUCCAACCUUCUUCCUAACUUGACAUUGGGAUACAGUCUUUAUGAUAACUGUGGUGCACUUGUUAUUGGAUUUAGUGGUGCCUUAUCUCUGGCCAGUGGCCAACAGGAGCAGUUUGUGCUUCAGGAAAACUGUUCUGGAAGCCCUCCGGUUCUUGGGAUUGUUGGUGAUCACUAUUCAACUUUUUCUAUUGCAAUUGCCAAUGUGCUGGGUUUAUACAAGAUGCCUAUUGUCAGUUAUUUUGCCACAUGUUCUUGUCUUAGUGAUCGGCAGCGCUUUCCUACCGUCUUUAGAACAAUCCCAAGCGAUGCUUUCCAGGUGCGUGCCAUGAUUCAAAUUCUAAAAUACUUUGGUUGGACAUGGUUUGGCCUACUGGUCAGUGAUGAUGACUACGGACUUCAUGUGGCCCAAUCCUUCCAGUCCAACCUGGCUGGAUCUGACAAUAGCUGCCUGGCUUACCUCGAGGUUUUGCCUUGGGACAAUAACCCAGGUGAACUCAGGAGGAUUGUAAACUUGAUAAAGACAUCAACAGCUCGUGUUGUCAUCGUGUUUGCACAUGAAAUUCACAUGAUUCAACUAAUGGAGGAGGUGGCAAAGCAGAAUGUAACUGGUCGGCAGUGGAUUGCCAGUGAAACCUGGUCAACGGCAGUUGUUCUCCAAACACAUGAACUCACACCAUACCUAAGAGGUACGCUGGGCAUUGCUAUCCGGCGUGGAGAAAUCCCAGGGCUUAUUGACUUUCUUUUAAAAAUACGCCCUAACACAAAUGACACCAAUGGAAAUGACUUGGUGAAGCAAUUCUGGGAGUACACAUUCCAGUGCAAAUUCAAUCCAGCAGAUAGGGAAAAUAAAGAAUCUGUAUGCACUGGUGAUGAAAACAUGGAACUGGCAGAGAGAGAGUUUUUGGACGUUUCUAACCUCAGGGCUGAGUACAAUGUCUACAAGGCAGUCUAUGCUCUUGCUUAUGCCCUUCAUGACAUGAUGCAGUGUGAGCCAGGCAAAGGACCUUUUUCUGGACAUAGUUGUGCCAGUUUGGAGGCUAUGGAGCCAUGGCAGCUAUUACACUAUUUGCAAAAGGUCAACUUCUCCACUCAAUUUGGUGAUCAAGUCUCAUUUGAUGAGAAAGGUGAUGCCCUUCCAAUAUAUGAUGUCAUGAACUGGCUGCAGCUGCCAGAUGGAAAAAUUAAAAUUCAAAAUGUUGGUGAAGUAAAAAAGUCUGACUCUGGAGAUGAAGAACUCACAGUAGAUGAAGACAAGAUCUUCUGGAACACAGAUUUAAAGAAGCCAAUCCGUUCAGUUUGCAGUGAAAGUUGUCCUCCAGGCACUCGCAUGGCCAGAGAAAGGAGGCAACCCGAAUGCUGUUUCAGCUGUAUCCCCUGUUCUGAGGGAAAUAUUAGUAAUAAGAGCAAUUCCUUGGAGUGCUUCAGCUGUCUAGAGGACUUUUGGUCCAGCCCCCAGCGUGAUCACUGCAUUCCUAAGAAAACAGAGUUCCUCUCCUAUCAGGAACCUCUUGGUAUUUGUUUAACAACCACCUCACUGCUGGGCACAUUUUUCUGUGCUAUUGUUCUGGGGAUCUUCAUUUAUCACCGUAGUACACCUAUAGUUCGAGCCAACAAUUCAGAACUGAGCUUCCUGCUUCUAGUGUCACUUAAACUGUGCUUCCUAUGUUCUCUGCUGUUUAUUGGGCGACCCAGACUGUUGACGUGUCAGCUGAGACAUGCAGCAUUCGGGAUCAGCUUUGUACUUUGUGUCUCAUGCAUCCUGGUGAAAACUAUGGUGGUUCUGGCUGUUUUCAAAGCCUCCAAACCAGGAGGUGAAGCCAAUCUUAAGUGGUUUGGAGCAAUGCAGCAGAGAGGAACAGUUUUAUUUCUCACCUGCAUUCAAGCAGCUAUAUGCAUUGCUUGGCUUGUCUCUUCCUCACCCACUCCUUCUAAAAAUAAACAGUACUACAAUGACAAAAUAGUUUAUGAAUGUGUAGUCGGGUCCACUGUUGGUUUUGCUGUUUUAUUAGGAUAUAUUGGUAUAUUAGCUAUUCUUAGCUUUUUCUUAGCAUUUUUGGCGAGGAAUCUUCCCAACAACUUCAAUGAGGCCAAAUUUAUUACUUUUAGCAUGCUGAUCUUCUGUGCUGUGUGGGUGGCUUUUGUUCCUGCCUAUAUUAACUCCCCAGGAAAGUAUGCAGAUGCAGUGGAGGUAUUUGCCAUCCUGGCCUCAAGUUUUGGCCUCUUGGUGGCACUGUUUGGACCAAAAUGUUAUCUAAUUCUUCUCAAACCAGAGAGAAAUACAAAGAAGGCUAUCAUAGGUCGAUCAUAG